UCCUAUCUUCACCAUCUUCCACAAAAAGUGACACCGUUAGGAUCGACAUCUAUGUCGAUGCCCGUGACAUCCGGAGUACCACAAGGAUUUAUCUUGGGUCCAAUCCUGUUCCUGCUUUACGUCAAUGAUCUACCCGAUGCGAUAUCCUCGUCUACAAUUGCGACUUUUGCAGACGAUAUCAAAUUGUUCCAAUGCAUAUCGUGUGAAGCAGACGGCUUUUUCUUAUAA